GUCCACCCUCUUCUCUCUCCAACACUUUCUCUCCGUAACUCUCUUUUCCUCUCUCUCUCUCUCUCCUCUCGCUUCUCUCUGUUCAACUCUUUGCUGUUUCUGCUACGACCUUCAAGGAAGGCUUCUCUACGGUCACCACUGCUCGCCUGAUAUGGCGCUCGCGCCGGUUUAUGUAAUCAGAAUAUCCAGAUACAGGAGGGCCCACUGAGGGAAAGAUCGGACGGCUUAGAGUAUAUAUUUUGGAUAAAUGGACGGUCAGAAGAGUCCGUCGAAGCUCACGAGAACUCAAUCCUCGCUCCUCCGGUCGUCGCCGACCAUUCGAUCGUCAAUCCACAGCCUGUCUUCCGUCAACGAGAUCUCGCCGGAGCAAGACGACGUUGAAGAACAGAAGCCCCACAAACCCGGUUCGUCUCCGGUUCGGCGGGGCUCGGCGCUCGUCGUCCCGGUUCUGGCCGUUCUUUCCCUCUCUCUCUACGCCCUUUUUCUUUAUUCCCGGAGUGACGAAGUACCCACGUCGGAGAACCUUCUCCUGGGUUUGAUUUUCCUCGCCGUAGCCCUCUUUUUCGCCGGAAAAAACAAGGGUUUCCUCCACCAAUCCUUCGCCAUCCUCCGGCAACUCAAGAAACUCGGGUUCUCCAAGACCCGCCACCACCACAGACAGGUCCAGUGGUUCAUCGGCGACUCGGCCGUGCCCAGGAAAGACUGUAAAGAAAAGCGAAUUGUGAAAGAAGGCGUCGAAUUCUACAGCAAUGGCGACUUCUACGAAGGCGAAUUUCACAAAGGGAGAUGCAAUGGCAGUGGCGUUUACAACUACUUUGUCAACGGCCGCUACGAGGGCGAUUGGGUCGACGGAAGAUACGAUGGCUAUGGCAUAGAGAGCUGGGCGAGAGGCAGCCGGUACCGCGGCCAGUACCGGCAAGGUCUCCGGCACGGGUUCGGGGUGUACAGAUUCUACACCGGCGAUGCCUACGCCGGCGAGUGGCUCAACGGGCAGAGCCACGGCGUCGGAGUGCAGACUUGUUCAGAUGGGAGCUGUUACAUUGGGGAAUUCAAGUGCGGCGUCAAGCACGGCCUUGGUUGUUACCAUUUCAGAAAUGGAGACAGAUACGCUGGAGAAUACUUCGGAGACAAAAUUCAUGGAUUUGGCGUAUAUCACUUUGCUAAUGGCCACUGUUAUGAGGGAUCAUGGCACGAAGGACGAAAGCAAGGAUAUGGUUCGUAUACAUUCCGAAGUGGUGAUGCAAAGUGUGGUGAAUGGGACUCUGGCAAUCUUAGGACGCCUCUCCCCCCGCUAACAGAUACACUCGUUCGAGCAGUUCAGGCUGCUAGAAAAGCUGCUGAGAAUGCAGUUCACCUUCGACGAGUAGAUGAACAAGUAAACAAGGCAGUCAUGGCUUCAAACAGGGCUGCCACUGCAGCCAGAGUUGCCGCUGUCAAAGCAGUUCAGGACCGGAUAGAUGAAAGAUUUUCUGACACUGACGCCUAAGAGACUCGCUUUGCUUUCAAGUGUAUAUUUAGUAAGUUGUAUGUACUACCACCGAAAGUUGAACCCCACCCCGGUAAGCACAAGCUGAUCGGCGGUUGAGAGAAGAGUCUGUUUCAAGUUUGAUUGACCACACUGUAACUUGUAUAUAAAUCCCCAUCCAAAUCAAUGGAAGAUGAAAUUUUCUUGAGU